UGGGCUCCUUUCCUUGUUGUGUGUGAUCGCAUUUCGCACCGAGAUUGAUUUCUCAAUCAAUCAAUCAGCGAAGGGCUGUUCCCGAGAGACCCAAAUCCAAAACUCUCUCGCUUGUGCCUCUGUGCCACCGCCUUGUUCAUCGCUUGGGAAUUUGACACAUACUUAGCGCGCGCGCCCCCCUUUGUUUUUGCUUCCCAUUCAUUCACUCGUAGCGCGGCGCACAUCGCUCAAUCAAUCUCUAAGAUAGCUUAGCUUAGCUCAGCUUAUCAGCGCACGAGGGAGAGUGUGAGAGAGCGAGAGGGACCCAUCGCGCACAGCGCCAAAGUUGGAAUUUUGAGAGCGCCCACUAGCCGCAUUUGGCAGGGGCUCCAUCAGAUCACUUUGCAGCGAGCGAAGCGAGUGAAUAUAGAGCAGAGGAGAGCUAUGGGUGUUGCGGAUGCUCCAAGUCCCGGAAACGUCCCAGUUCUGGGCGAUAUGAAGAACAGGAGCGCGGCCGAGAUGAAGAUCUCGGUGCUGGCGCUGCGAGCACUCACGCUGGUGCUGCUCGUCAUCGCGCUCGCCCUCAUGGUCUCCAACAAGCAAACACAAUCCAUUCCAAUCAAGCUCCCUGGCAUGGCUUCUACGAUUUUUCUCAAAAAGACGGCUACAUUCUCGCAGAUCACAGGAGUCCAGUAUUAUGUUGGAGCUCUCUCUGUGGCGGUCGCUUACAUGUUCUUCCAAAUGCUGGCGGGGCUUUUCACGAUUCUCACCACGGGAUCCAUUGUGGGUUCCAAAUCGAGAGCUUGGGUCACAUUCAUCUUAGAUCAGCUCAUUGCGUACUUGAUGGUGAGCGCGGCCACAGUAGUGGCGGAGGUGGGCUACAUCGCUCGCCGCGGCGAGACCAAAGUGGGAUGGAACCAGGUGUGCAGCGACUUCAAGCACUACUGCUUCAUCUACGGCUUCUCGCUCGUCAACGCCUUCCUGGCCACCAUCGCCUUCCUCCCCGUGGUAGCGGUGUCGGCGUUCCACCUCUUUAGAAUGUAUGGCGCCCAGUCAGCGCAGUCAAAGUGAGUCAUCGACAGUCAAAAGGACCCGUUCAUAGCAGGAAUGGCGAAAUGGCGAAUCUUCCUCUCUGUCCGCAAUGCACUCAUUCUAGCUUUACUUUCAGUUUGUCUCGGUUGAAUUACAAGGAAAUGUAUGAAAGGUGGCGGAUUUUGUUGUAUUUGCAUGGCUAUGGCGGAUUGUGGCUUUCGAUAUGGGGCGGAUCUUGUUCGCAGCAUGGCUGGCGUGUAGCUGGCUCGCAAUCGCAUGUUUGGCACCACCACCAUAACUGAAAAGCUUGCCACCAAGAAAUCAAUCAAUUUCUUCA